AUGAACCAUCACCCCCUUCAGCGCAAUCAAUCCCUCAUCGCCAGCCUUCGCAGCCUCAUAGAGUUGGAAAAAUGGCCCGAGUUCGACGCGCUCGAGGCCGACUUCAACCGAAGCUUCGACGCCGGCUCCGAGGACGCCAGGCAGGUGCGCGAGCACGACUCGCUGGUGCAGGCCAUGCAAGCGGCCGAGGCCGGGGUGCACCGUAAUCUCGAGACCAAGACGCGGUGGGCGGCUGUCGAGAUGGCCAGGGUCAAGAGGGUGCAGCUCCAGGCCGACGCGCUCAUGGCCGAGGCCAAGGUGAUGAGGGACGAGGCGGGCAGGGAGAUGAAGCGGGCCAGGGAGGUCGAGGAUGAAGUCGAGAGCGAGAUCUCCCGGCACGAGGAGGUCGUGGAGUCGAUCAAGGGGAAGCUUGGCAGGAUCGCCAGGGAGCGGGAGGGGAGGCGGGUGACUCAGGAGAGGAGGUUCAAGGCUGCAGUGGGGAGGUUGUGGCAGACUGUUGAGGAUAUGCAAGGUGUGCGGCCUGUGGUGGGCGAGACCCAUGCGCAGACACAGGUACAGGUACAACCUAAAAAGGUAAAACCAGAAAGACCCGCGCCACUUUUGUUGUCGAGCUCUUUCAGCCACAGGAGACCGGACUCAACUAGCCAAAACUCUCCCCAAGAAAAGAACGCACUCGAUAUUGAAUCACUACCAACACGGGAUCGACCAAUAGGGGCCUUGUCCAUUUCACAACUGUUGAUCGAUCCCAAAGAAGAACCUUCGUCUGCCACGUCCCAUUCAUCUCCACCGCCUCCAUGGGAUUGCAUCCAAUUGCCUAUCCCAGACACCCGUGGUCAGUUUCAUUGGCCACCUCCUCGCCCAGGACCCGACGCAUUGCCUCCUCCUGGCGUGCCAAGAUCUGAUGCCAAGUCAUCAUCUCGUGUUAUAUCCUUACCGAGCUACAAAACAUGGCGUCAACACCAACCAGUCUCUCCACCACCUCAACUAGAACCAACUGGACGCAAAAGGCGCGCAGUGGAAUGUAUGCCACAGUCUGAUACGACCGUAGCAAUGACCGCACCGCAACUCCCGAUACCAUGCGGCGUUUCCGUGCGGUCCCUCUCCCCAGUCAGCUGCUCCCCACUAUCAACAACCUCAUCUCUGCCACACAUACCCACCCCCUUGCGCCUCCCACCGCCGAUCCAAUCUUUCCCAACAGAAAUCCAACCCUCUCACCAUCUCCUACCACACGUACCGCUGCCUGCACAGCCAACCAGGGGCCAAGUCCCAUUCAAACGCAAGCACAACACCAUCCCACCCCCGCCCUUGUCCCACCAAAAGCCCAAACCCGCCAACACGGACGACGUCGAAGCCGCCGACCGUUGGGACACAUCCUUCCUGACCCCUGAGGCAGGUCUGCUCGGCAGCGUGUCGUGGGAGCAGUUCCGCAACGACAGCAGCAAGUACCCCCUGCACAAGCGGUGGCUGUGCCAGCGCCGGAAGCGGGUCAAGGGCGCGCGGGGCGCGGGGCGCGGCCCGCUGCGCUGGCUCGUCUUCAAGUGUCCGGCGCACCCGGCCCGCGUCAUCGACUGCCAAAAGGAGCUCGAGAGGCACUACAUCCGGGACCAUGCCGACGUCAAGACGGCCGAGAAGCGGCUGGAGGAGUGUGCCGUCUACGUCAGGGGUUGUCGGGACGCGCUGGCGAGUAGUCACAAUGCGCGCAUCACGAGGGAUACCUACGCGGUGGAUUGGGGGAGCGAGGGGCCGGUUUCUCCUGGUGGUGUUGGUGAUGGCAGACAAGGAGGGGGCGUGCGGGAGCAGGUUCCUAGGGCGGUCAGUGAGAAUCGGUUGGAUGCGUGGGAGAGUCGUGUUACCGUGCUGGCGGGGACGGGUCAAGAGGCGAGCAGUGCUUGA